AUGUCUACCGAACGUCGCUUGAAAGCCCUCAAAACCAGACUUCGCAGUAUCCAAACAUCAUUUGGGCUAAUCAAGGCGUUUGUAGACGAAUAUAACGACGAGACGCAUUCUGAUGAGGUUCCUGUACGUCUUGAAAACCUUGGAGUUUUGUGGAAUGAUUUCCUGAAGGUUCAAGGAGAAAUCGAAGCCAUGGAUAUUCUAGAGCCGAAAGCGAUUGAGGCUCACCUAGCACAACGAGUGGAAUUCGAGUCCCUGUAUUAUAAAGUGAAAGGAUUUCUUCUAGCUGCCAAUAAACUACCACCUUCACCCAAUAUGCCAAUCGGUUCCAGUUUCACGUCGCACUUCCCACCUUCUUCACAUCACAUACGACUCCCUGAUAUCAAAAUUCCAACGUUCAGUGGCAACAUAGACACGUGGCUCAACUUUCACGAUCUCUUCGUAUCGCUUGUGCACUCAUCGCAUGAACUUUCUAGCAUUCAAAAGUUCUAUUAUCUACGUGCUUCUCUCUCCGGCGAUGCCCAAAAGUUGAUUCAAACCAUUCCGAUCAGUUCCAACAACUACUUGGUUGCUUGGAAUUUACUCUUGGAUCACUUCCAAAAUCCAAGUCGUUUGAAGCAGUCGUAUGUCGAUUCUCUGUUUGAGUUCUCAGCAUUAAAAUCGGAAUCAGCUUCGGAUUUACAUUCUCUUGUGGAACGAUUUGAGGCCAACGUCAAAAUUCUACAUCAGCUAGGCGAACGGACUGAAUACUGGGACAUACUGCUUAUUCGAAUGCUUAGUAUUCGUUUAGACAGCACGACAAGACGGGACUGGGAAGUUUAUGCUACGACUAAAGACAGCGUUUCAUUCCAAGACCUCGUAGCAUUCAUUCAACGCAGAGUAACCGUUCUAGAAAGCAUUAAGGCAAAGGUUCCAGAAACUACUUUCUCGGGAAAUUUAAGAAAAUCCACACAGCGGUCUGUUAGUAGUCAUAGUGCUUAUCAGUUGAAUGAUAAACAUUGCGCAAUCUGUUCCGAGAAUCAUGUUCUGUACCAUUGCCCCAGAUUUGCAAAAAUGAGUUUGGACACGAAGGAGAAAGAAAUUCGUCGACUGCACUUGUGUCGUAAUUGCUUGCGUAAGGGUCAUUUAGCAAACAACUGUUCAUCUACAAAUUGUAGAAAAUGUAGAGGGCGUCAUCAUACUCUGCUUUGUUCAGGAGACUAUCACAACAACAAAUCUACUGAAUCCACGAAAGCCGAAAAUUCUCUACCAUCUCAACAACCUACGACGUCGGUGUCAGCCAUUCUUGAUAAUCCAGUGAGCCUUGCUUCCACUGGUUGUAAAAAAGUUUUACUUGCCACAGCUAUUGUCAAUCUCAUCGAUGACAAUGGAACAAUCCACACAGCCAGAGCUUUGCUUGACUCUGGCAGUGAGUGCUGCUUCAUCACAGAAUCGUUAUCGCAACGAAUGAAGUCCAGCCGCGUAAAAAUCAACCUCCCUAUCAGCGGAAUUGGCCAAUCACUUUCCCACGCACGACACAAGAUACAAACCACGCUACAGUCUCGUGUCAGCAACUUUUCGACUACCCUAGAAUUUAUUGUCCUUCCCAAGGUCACUACUAAUUUGCCAACAUCAUGCUUUGACGUCAGCGAUUGGAAGAUACCUUCCGACAUCAACCUAGCAGACCCCGCCUUCUUUGCAACCAAUCCUGUCGAACUCAUACUAGGAGCCGAAAUCUUCUUCGAGCUACUCAAACCUCCAGGACGAAUUUCUCUCGGCGAUAGUUACCCCCUGCUGAUCAACUCUACAUUAGGCUGGAUCGUAUCUGGAAGGACAAGCAACUGCCAUUCUACAGGUCCUGUAAUGGCAUCCGUAGCUUCGGUCGCUGAGCUUCAUCGGUUGAUGGAACGAUUUUGGUUAAUCGAAGAAGGUGACUCAACUCCGUGCCACUCAGUGGAAGAGGCUGCUUGCGAGAACCACUUCCAGAGCACGGUUUCUCGAACGGAUGAUGGCAGAUACAUGGUGCGGUUACCAGUGAAGCAGGACCUUCUCCCCAACCUAGGCAACAAUUGGAAUACGGCAAAUCGGCGUUUCAAGUAUUUGGAAAGUAAACUAUCACGGAAUAAUGAUCAGCGAAUCCAGUAUGUCGAGUUUAUGCACGAAUAUUUGUUCUUGGGUCACAUGUGUGAAGUAAAUAGAGCUCACCAAUUAGACGCUCUCGAGUACUUCAUGCCUCAUCACGCAGUAAUACGCGAAUCGAGCACUACUACUAAAAUUCGCGUAGUCUUUGAUGCAUCCUGCAGGUCCGCAUCCGGUGCAUCACUGAACGACAUCCUCAUGGUUGGCCCUGUAGUACAGGAGGACAUCCGAUCUAUCAUCAUGCGAGCUCGAAAACAUCAAAUCAUGCUUAUUGGCGACAUAAAGCAAAUGUACCGACAAAUAUUAGUAGAUCCACGUGACACCCCGAUGCAGCGCAUUGUCUGGAGAAGCAAUCCAACAUCGCCACUGGCAACCUUCGAGCUCAAAACCGUCACUUACGGUACAGCGAGCGCCCCGUUUCCCGAAGCAGCGACCAUCCUGAAACGAGACUUCUACGUAGACGAUUUAUUCUCCGGAGCUGAAACUGUUGAAAAGGUCAUAUCGUUACGCGAGCAACUUGAUGCAUUAUGUCAGCGAGGAGGAUUUGAACUCCGUAAGUAUGCAUCCAAUUCCGAAGCAGCCUUAGAGGGACUUUCAGAUGACAAACGAGCUCUACAACCAACUAUCGAAUUUGAUGGGAAUCCAAUCAUCAAAACUCUGGGUCUACAUUGGGAACCUGCUUCCGAUGUUCUCAAAUACGUCAUCGAACUCGAACCAUUAUCAUCCGACAUGUGCCUUACUAAACGACACGCUUUGUCAUUGAUUGCGCGACUUUUUGACCCCCUUGGCUUAGUCGCACCGGUCGUGGUGACUGCUAAGAUCUACAUGCAAGUUUUAUGGACAUUGCGAGAUGAAGAUUCCAAAACCUGGCCUUGGGAUCGUCCUCUUCCGAAAGAUCUAAUCAUUCGUUGGAAUUCGUACUAUUCACAACUUCAUCAUCUUAAUAUGCUCAAGAUUGAACGUUGCAUUUUGGUCGCUAAUCCAACAUCCAUUCAGCUUCAUCUCUUCUCUGAUGCGUCAGAGUCAGCUUACGGCGCCUGUGCCUACCUAAGAUCAGUCGACCCAUCCGGUUUUGUAAAAAUUGCAUUGAUUACGACCAAAUCGAAAGUAGCCCCCCUCCAAAAGAAAAGUAUCGCUCGCCUUGAACUUUGCGGCGCCUUAGCCGCCGCCCAACUUUAUCAAAAAGUCAUUUCCUCGCUGAAAUCCAACCCAGAAACCUUUUUUUGGGUUGACUCGACAACCGUCUUGGCAUGGUUAAAUUCCACACCUUCUACGUGGAGCACGUUCGUCGCCAAUCGCGUGUCGAAAAUUCAAUUGGCUACCAUCAACACUCACUGGAAUCACGUGUCUGGAAAGGAAAAUCCAGCUGACCAUCUUUCCCGUGGAACCACCGCCGAGUUUCUUCUGACUUGCUCAUCCUGGUGGAAUGGUCCUGAUUGGCUGAGGCUUGAACCUGAGUUUUGGCCUAGCAACAAUCAUCAAAAACGUCUUACUGAAGUGGCAGAAGAGAAACGAAAAACUCUGUCACUGAUUGCCGCAGCCCAACAUGAAGAGACUUUCCUAGAUUCUUACGUGCAAAGAUUUUCCGACUAUAGAAAAAUGCUUCGAGUGACUGCCUAUUGCAUGAGAUUCAUCGAUAGGUUUUCAUUAAAAACUAGUUUCAAUCACCCAACAACCAAUCUCACAGUCGAGGAAAUCCGAAGAGCAGAAAGAAACCUCAUAAGAAUUCUACAAGAACAACAUUUUGAAGAAGAACUUAGGUGCCUACACGACGGAAAACAAGUGUCAUCAAAAUCAAAGCUUCGUUGGUUUCAUCCAAUUUUGGGAAUCGAUCAUCUACUUCGCAUCGGGGGACGUUUGAACAAAGCUCCACGAACCUACGACAGCAAGCAUCAAAUCAUUUUACCAUCCACCCACGCAUUCUCGACUCUGCUCAUUCGUUCUUUCCACCUCAACCAUCUGCACGCCGCUCCUCAACUUUUACUAAGUCUCCUACGCAUGAGAUAUUGGGUUUUGGGAGCUAGAAAUCGUGCUCGAUUGAUCGUUCGCCAGUGCAUCAUCUGCUUUAAAGCUCGCCCUAGAUUAGUCGAGCAGUUUAUGGGUGAACUACCUGCUGCGAGAAUAACAGCAACACGACCAUUCGCCGUUGCUGGCAUUGAUUAUUGGGGGCCCAUCUUUCUCAAACCAGUCCACAGGCGCGCUGCGUCUGAGAAAGCAUUCGUCGCUGUUUUCGUUUGCUUCUCAACGAAAGCAGUACACAUUGAACUUGUUGCCGAUCUCAGUACUGCCAAAUUCAUUCAAGCGCUUCGGAGAUUUGUAUCGCGACGGGGAUUAUGCUCCGACAUGCACAGCGACAACGGUCGUAAUUUUCUGGGAGCCGACAACGAAUUACGCCGAUUGGUCAACAGUUCUUCCCACCAACAAGCCGUCAAUCAAGAAUGCCUCGCCCACGGAAUAAGGUGGCACUUCAACCCACCAAAGGCUUCUCACUUCGGGGGAUUGUGGGAGGCUGCUAUCUUUUCAGCCCAAAAGCAUUUUAUACGAGUGAUUGGGAAUCAUACAUUAGCCUACGACGACAUGGUUACGCUUUUAUGUCAGAUCGAAUGCUGCUUAAAUUCUCGCCCCAUCACCCCCCUGAGUGAUGAAUCUUCGGAUCUAGAACCACUCACUCCCGGACAUUUUUUGAUCGGUUCGCAACUAAAAGCAGUUCCAGAUAACGACCUAUCAGAUAUCCAAAUGAAUCGUCUUCGCAAAUGGCAACAAACCCAGAAAAUCUUCCAGGACAUUUGGAAGAGAUGGCAUCGCGAGUAUCUGUGCACUUUGCAGGCAAGAACCAAAUGGUGCAACACUCCCGUCGAAAUCAAACCUGGUCAACUGGUACUCCUCAAAGACGAAGGAAAAAUUCCUAUGCACUGGCCAACAGCGAGAAUUACUGAGAUCCACCCCGGAGACGAUGGAAUUACACGGGUUGUUUCUGUUCGAAGCUCAUCCAAGGUCUACACUCGUCCAGUGACGAAAAUUUGUGUACUGCCGUUCUCAUCACAACCAACUCCUACUGAAGCGCCUGAGAAAUCCAACAAGUCCGGUGAAGGCCAAUCCGAUAUCCAGGGUACAACGGUUCCAAUUUGUAAACAUCGAGACAUCAUAACAACAACAUCGCAGCAAAGUCAACAAGCCGAGGGAGUGCCCAUUCGUCCGAUUACACGGUGCGCCGCCAAACUCAUCUUUCCACCCAGUCAUCAAAACCGCCCAGCAUGCAGCCAGUGUCGCACAAGGUUUUCGCAUCAAGAAGGUCAGCGUAAUGUUCAGAAAUGCUAUUUCUGA